CUUUAAAUCUCCUCCCCCAUAAAUUCCGCCCUAUCCUCGGCCGAUAAAUCGAUACAAAGAAUAUCGCAGAAGAGCUCUAAACCACAAAAUGUCUCACUGUGCGUCAAGAUUCGCUGUUCCCCACCCUUUGGCAUCACAAUGCAUCAUUCCAUCUCAUUCUAAUAUUCCCAAGUUUGCAGUUCCGAUUGCCGGUAAAAAUGGCAGAUCAAGAAUCGCAUCCAUGGCCGUUGAUGGCAGAGACAGCAUUGACCAAGUUCAGCAAAGGUCAAUAAAGACCCAACCCCCAAGGAGGGCUGUUCAAGCAGUUGCUCCCAUUGGUUUGUGGGAUAGGUUCCCAACAGCAAAGACAGUGCAACAGAUGAUGGACACAAUGGACAGAUUGAUAGAGGACCCUACGGCCUUCAAUGGAAGGUGGUCUUCUUCUUCCCCUGUGCCACAUGAGAAUGGAGGGUAUGGCAGGGGGAGAACGCCAUGGGAGAUCAAAGAAGGUGAGAACGAAUACAAGCUGAGAUUUGACAUGCCUGGAAUGACUAGAAAAGAUGUCAAAGUGUGGGUUGAGGAGAAAAUGCUUGUGUUCAAAGCAGAGAAAGCGCCAAAGAAGAAGGACGGAGAAGGGGUUGGAAAGGAAGGAGUAGAAGAAGACAGUGGAGAGUGGUCUGCAAGUAGCUAUGGAAGAUAUGGCAGCAGAAUAGCUCUCCCUGAGAAUGUGGAGUUUGAGAAAAUUAAGGCUGAGGUGAAAGAUGGUGUGUUGUAUAUCAACAUACCAAAGGCUGUAGCCAGUAGUAAGGUUUUUGAUAUCAGUGUUGAAUGAAAUUGAUUUGGAAGAUGUAUUUUGAUUUGCUGUUAUUUAUGAUUCCAUUUUUUGUUGGAUGUGAAGAUUGAAGAGUGUCCUUCCUUUGGAUCAAGAAAACAUCCGAACAUGUGGCUUCAUUUUUGUUUUUGUAAAGUGAGUGGUCAAACUCGUUUUUAUGUUUUUGGCUAUGUUCUUACUUAGGGAUCGCCAGACAUUUUCUUACAUAUUCACUGUUUGAAUAUGUGGCUCUCACUUUUAUUUUAAUUGUCUGGUAUAAUUGUCAAGACAAUUAAUUAAAUGUAAAUAAUCAAGAGGUUCUUUUUAUAAUGUUAUUU